UUCUCUCGCAGGGGCUCACACUGAUCCAAGUUAGGAGCUUUCAGCUGCCAGCCUUGGCCCAUCAUGUAAGUGCUGCGGAGAAUUCUUUGCAGUGCAAUUGCAAAAUAACCUCUUUCCCCGUCGCCGGUGCGCGCUGUGCACUUGUACCCGCGCUGCCCGCACGGACACGCACGCCUCGGACGCAAAAAGGCUCCAAGUGCAUGAAGAUCGAGGCUCGUAUUUUGCAUCUUUUGUUGCAAAGCGAGCCGCUGAAGCUCCAGUGCGAGGGCGAUGGAGGGAGGGAGUGAGAAAGAAGGCAAAGUCUUUUGUGCUUCCCCUCCCCCUCAUCAAAGCAAAGGGGAAAUGUCUCAGCCGAACCGAGGUAAGAGGAAGCCGUUGCUCAAGCUCUCCAAGGAGGUGUUUGAGCAGCCUCCUCCCGCCGCAGUACCCCCCAGAGAUUUGGAUUCGAAAGCUUGUGUAACCAUCGGAGAGAAGAAUUUUGAGGUGAAGGCAGAUGACCUGGAGCUGAUCUGCGAGCUCGGCCGAGGAGCGUACGGCGUGGUGGACAAGAUGAAACACGUGCCAAGUGGUCUGAUCAUGGCUGUGAAGCGGAUUCGGGCCACAGUGAACACUCAGGAGCAGAAGAGGCUGCUCAUGGACCUGGACAUCUCUAUGAGGACAGUGGACUGUUUCUACACAGUCACCUUCUACGGAGCACUAUUCAGAGAGGGCGACGUCUGGAUCUGCAUGGAGCUGAUGGACACCUCCCUCGACAAGUUCUACAAGCAGGUGAUCGAGAAGGGCAUGACCAUCCCCGAGGACAUCCUGGGAAAGAUCGCCGUCUCAAUAGUAAAAGCUUUGGAGCAUCUGCACAGCAAUCUGCAAGUCAUACACAGAGACGUGAAGCCCUCGAACGUUCUGAUCAACACUCAGGGCCAGGUGAAGAUGUGCGACUUUGGCAUCAGCGGCUACCUGGUCGACUCUGUGGCUAAAACCAUGGACGCUGGCUGCAAGCCCUACAUGGCGCCGGAGAGGAUCAACCCCGAGACGAACCAGAAAGGCUACAACGUCAAAUCUGACAUCUGGAGUUUAGGAAUCACGAUGAUUGAGCUCGCCAUCUUGCGCUUUCCGUACGAUUCGUGGGGUACGCCCUUCCAGCAGCUGAAGCAGGUGGUGGAAGAACCUUCGCCCCAGCUUCCUGCCGACCAGUUCUCCCCCGACUUUGUGGACUUCACCUCUCAGUGCUUAAAGAAAGUUUCCAAAGAGCGGCCGACUUACACAGAACUCAUGCAACAUCCCUUCUUCACCUCCCAUGAGGCCAAAGAAACCGACGUGGCUAGCUUUGUGAAAGUCAUCUUAGGGGACUGAGUCGCCGCACUUGCAUAGGAGGGAGGGAAGAUCUGUUCAGAAGAAGAAAAUAAAAAUACAACAAACAAAAAGCACAAAUUGCAACCCCCACCUUUACCUGCAGGACUCCCCUGCCCCGCCUCGCAGUACUCUCACCCCCUCCUCCCUCCAGAAUCAAGACACACGGAGCCCGGAGGAGAAGCUGACGAAGGCGGUGGAGUUUGUCCCCACCCCCCCACCUGGCCUCCAUGUCCUCUGUACAUUACCUGGCACGGGAGGGGCACAUAAUCUGGAGUAAUUUAAGAUGUCUGUAUGCAAAAACUCCCACUUGAGUUAGAUUUGUCGCACCUCUGUUCACCGCCUACUACUCAUUAUUAGUCAGCGAGUUAAACCACCACAAUGGUCAAACUCUUCUUUUUUUCUGAAAAACAAGACAUGAAAAGAGGUGCAGAUUAUAUUUAAAAAAAAGAUGAAUGAUAUAAUGCUAUCUAUGUAUAAUCUAAAUGUUUGUAUACUCAAAGCAAGUGUUGCAUCGGUUUAUUAAUUGACUGCAUGUACAGAAUAUAUCUCUGGGUAAACACGGGCUCAGAUGGCCAGUGAGGAACAGUCGUAGAGUCCGAUAGUUGAAGACCUGCAAGGCCUCACUUUAAGGCCUCCUAGUGGUCGCAAAUAGGUACUGCACUUCAACUGCUUUCCCUUGAUUACAGCAGAGGGUCUACUACAAGUUUAGGGCUCUGGCUGCCUGUGAGUGUGCGUAAGUGUGUUUGUAUGUGUGUGAGUUGGUGUGAGUUGGUGUGUGUGUGUGUGUGUGUGUGUAUGUGUGUGUUUGUAGGGCUGCACGAUUUGGGAUAAAAGUAGAACUUUUGUGCUCAGAGUUGAGAUACCGAAAAGUUUCCUCUGCAGUCUCAUUGUGCCUGAUGUGAUGGUCACAAAUAAAGUUCCUGUUAUUUAUGUAUUUUUGUGGCCAGACGGCAGGAUUUUCUUGUAGUUUUCAUGGCCUUGGUGCCGUCAUAGCGUUUCGAUGUAGAGCUAUAGGGUGCAGCGAUUAGUCGAUGGAAAGAAAAUUAGUUGCCAACUGUUUUGAUGAGUAAUUCAGUCAUUUUUAGAGCAGAAAUGUCAAACAUUUGCUGCUUCCAGCUCCUUAAAUGUAAGGAUCGCUGCUUAUCUUUGUCAUUUAUGAUAAUAAAAGAAGAGUCUUUGGGUUUUUGGUUGUUGGUCGGACAAAAGAAGCAACUUAAAGACGUCACUUUGGGAAAUUGGGAUUUUUUGCCUAAACAAUUAAUCGAUAAUGAAAAUCAUCAUUAGUUGCAGGUCUGUUUUGAUUCAGUGUGUCCAAACAAUGCUUGUACUGCACGCAAAUCUAUAACAUAUAUCCAUAACAGUUCCUCACUUGAAGAAUGUGAAUUUUUUGUCAGAACUUUGGUUGGAUACAGUCAUUUCUUCAGUUCUGACUCAUUAUUUAUUAAAUCUUCUUUGUUCAUGGCUAUUUUUGCCGCUGUGUUCUGGCCCGGUCAAACAGGUCUCAAGAGCAGAAUUUGGGACAAAGAUGGAUUUGUUCUGUGGAAUCACAACAGUGCCUCUCAGGACCCUUUUCCACCAAAUUUUAAUAGAGGGCGCUGCACAAUGCACAACAACUUGUAGAAUAUGACACAGCCACUUUGGUUCGCAAGGACAACCUGUUAUUUUAUGGUUCCAGCUGGGAACCAACUUUCCAGGUUCUGAACCAAUUUAUUUUUGUUCAAAAUGCUCCAAACGGUGUCAAAACUAGGUGCUUGAACCGGAAACGAGGUGUUUCCCUGUUGGUAAAAAGGACUAUCGGUGGUUUGAGUUUUAGAGGAAGUUGGAUUGUGUUCGUCCAGAGAGUGCAAAGCGCAAAUUAUGUGAACCAUGUUCACAUAGGCCUGUCAGACGAGGGUUUGGCUGAAAUAAACUAGUUUGUGUGAUGUGUCGUCUGAAGGCAGAAGUGUUUAUCCAUUCCGAUUGGUCGAACGUGAAGGCAAGACAAAAACCCUGGUGUCAUAGGCCCCGUUUAGACCUGGUAUUAACAUGCAUCUUGAGUGAUCCGAUCACAAAUAAGGAUGGGAUACAAAUGACAUUAUUAAUUCUUCUUAUUGGCCCGAUUCUUUAUCGAUUCCCUUCCUGAUUCUAAACACAGUGGAGAACCAGAACAGUUUAAGUUUCUUCGGGAAAUUAAGCUUUGGACACAAGUUUGACAUCAUUGUUUUAAUUGUUUGGCAAUAUCCAACUGUCAGAAAAACGAUCGAUGAAAGGAAUCGAUAAUCUAGGAGGAUACGAUUCUGAUAUAUUGGAAAAUUUUGAACCGGUUCUUGAUUCCCAUCCCUAAUCACAAGUAGACGCAUUGAGAUCCGUUCGCCACCACGUCUUACUUAACCUGUAACAAAGUCUUGUGUAAAAAUUCAAAGCGCUUAGUUUGAUGCAGCGGAUCGCCCUGCUGAUGCAAACACACAAAUGUAAUGAGACUGCGCAGAGGUACGAAAUGUAAAUCUGAUGAGUCAUGCAGCCCUACUUUACACACACAUACACACAGUGAGGUGUGUGUUGACAUUGUGGUCAGUUGUGGGAGAAGAUUGCCCAUAUUCUCCUUGUUGUCUGUACUGAGCCAAUCACAACCCUCUCCACUCCAUGUUCAACAUGAAAAGAACUGGAUAUUAUUACUAUUAUUAUUAUUAAUAUUAUAUUAAUUAUUGUUAUUAUUUAGAUCCAGGUUUGUUUUUGUUUUAUUUUCCCCAGACAGAUUUACUGCAGUUUUUCUUAUUUAUUACAACUGCUGUUUUCCCUCUGAAAACUUGACCGAUCCAUUCGAGACUUUUCUUGUGUGUUUGUGUGGGCUGUGUGUUUUUGUCGUGUUCUUCUUGGCUCAAACACGUAAAAUGCUUUUGAACUGUAACUUGCAAGCCUUCUAUGUGCCUCUCUAUAGAAAACAACUAAGGAAAAUAAUAUGUUGUAAUAAGGACGAUGCAGGGAUGUCUGCCUCUCCCAUCAUAUCUGCUUCCUCCCUCUUCACGCCCUGCAUGGCAUCGCGAUUCCACUUCCGUUUGUUUUCAUCACUUUUGUGUUUCUUGUCGUAGAUGGAGCUCCGGUUCCAGUCAGUAUUGUUCUUCUACACAUUUGUGCUCAUCUCUGUCGUUGCCUUGGUUCUUGGCUUUUUUCUCGUGGUGAUUUCUGAUGGCAGAAGACGCCUGUAGUUGUUAUGCAAGUACUACUUUAAUGACAAAAUGGGAAACUUGAAAUACUGUACGUGGCAGGGUGGCAGGAUACUGUCACAGUGAGAGAAUUUACAUAAUAUUCUUGCCUAUAAAUAUUUAGUUGCUCGA